AUGGGUAAGAGAAAGAUAAGCGUGUGUCAACAAACUUGGGCUUUAUUACAUAAGAACAUUCUUAAAAAGUGGAGAAUGAAAAGAGAGCCACUAAUGGAAUGGAUGAACGCGUUGCUCCUCCUACUUUGUUUGUACUUCUAUCCUAUUGGUCAUCAAGUUGAAGACUUUUCUUUAAGGCCUCCUGUGAACCUCGGAAGGGUAGAUUCAUUUAAUGAAUCCAAAUUUGCAAUUGAAUACACACCUGUCACCAAUGUAACCCAACAGAUAAUGAGCAAAGUAGCUACUACCUCCUUCAUGACAGGUAAAGAAGUCAUGGGACUAUCAGAUGAAGAAAGCAUUAAAGAAUUGAAAGCAGAUUAUCAUGAGGAAAUAGUAAGAGUCAUCUUUACAAACACAUACUCAUAUCAUCUGAAAUUCUUGUUGGGACGAAGAAUCCCGAUCAGUAAGGAACACAGGGACCAUACAGCUCAUUGUUUUGAAGAAGAUGAAGAUGUUGACUGUUACAUCUCAAUAUUCUGGAAGGAAGGUUUUGUGGCUCUUCAAGCUGCCAUUAAUGCUGCUAUUAUAGAAACCACAACAAAUCAUUCAGUCAUGGAGGAACUUAUGUCGGUUACCGGAAGAUACAUGAAGAUACAGCCCUUUAUUAGUCAAGGAGGAAUCGCAACUGAUUUUUUCAUUUUCUUCUGCAUCAUCUCCUUUUCCCCAUUCAUUUACUAUGCAUCCAUCAAUGUCAUGAGGGAGAGGAAAACGAUGAAGGCCUUGAUGACCAUGAUGGGCCUGCAGGAUUCAGCGUUCUGGCUCUCCUGGGGUUUGCUCUAUGCCGGCUUCAUCUUCAUUAUGGCCCUUUUCUUGGCACUUAUUAUAAAAUCUACCCAGUUUUUUAUUCUGACCAACUUCAUGGUAGUUUUUACCCUCUUUCUCCUUUAUGGAUUGUCACUGACUGCUCUGGCUUUCCUGAUGAGCGUCUUGGUGAAGAAGUCUUUCCUCACUAGCCUAGUGGUGUUCCUCCUUACUGUCUUCUGGGGGAGCCUUGGAUUCACAGCGUUGUACAGAUAUCUCCCAGUGUCUUUGGAGUGGAUUUUCAGUUUUCUUAGCCCGUUUGCUUUCACCCUUGGAAUGUCCCAGCUUUUACACUUGGAUUAUGACGUAAAUUCUAAUGCAUUUCUUGAUGCACCAGUCAGCUCCAAUCUAAUUAUAGCAACACAUUUCAUGUUGGCCUUUGACACUUUCCUCUAUCUGGCACUCAUGAUGUACUUUGAAAAAAUUUUUCCAAAUGAAUUUGGACAUCAACAUUCACCCUUGUUUUUCCUGAAGUCCUCAUUUUGGUCACGACAACAAAAGGCUGAUCAUGUGAUCCUUGAAGAUAAAAUAGAUUCCAGUCCUUCAUCUAAUGACUCUUUUGAACCAGUGUCUCCAGAAUUCCAUGGGAAAGAAGCCAUCAGAAUCAGAAAUAUUACAAAAGAAUAUAAAGGAAAACCUGAUAAAAUAGAAGCUUUGAAAGACCUGGUAUUGGACAUUUAUGAAGGCCAAAUCACUGCAAUCCUUGGUCACAGUGGAGCUGGAAAAUCAACACUGUUAAAUAUUCUUAGUGGGUUGUCUGUUCCCACCAAAGGUUCUGUCACCAUCUACAAUAAUAAACUUUCAGAAAUGGAUGACCUAGAAAACAUCAUCAAGAUCACUGGAAUUUGUCCACAAUCCAAUGUGAAGUUUGACUUCCUGACUGUGGAAGAAAACCUCAGGCUAUUUGCUAAAAUAAGAGGGAUUCUGCCACAAGAAGUGGAGCAAGAGAUACAAAGAGUUUUGCUGGAAUUGGAAAUACAAAAUAUUCAGAAUGUCCUGGCUCAAAACUUAAGUGGUGGACAGAAAAGAAAACUAACCUUUGGGAUUGCCAUUUUAGGAGAUCCUCAGGUUUUCCUAUUAGAUGAACCCAGUGCUGGAAUGGAUCCCUUCUCAAGACACAGAAUUUGGAACCUCCUGAAAGAGCGUAGAAGAGACCGUGUGAUACUUUUUACUACUCAGUUCAUGGAUGAGGCUGACCUCCUGGCAGAUAGGAAAGUGUUUCUCUCCAAAGGGAAACUGAAGUGUGCGGGUUCUUCAUUGUUUCUGAAGAAAAAGUGGGGGAUCGGUUAUCACCUAAGUUUGCAGUUGAAUGAACUAUGUGCUCGGGAAAAGAUAACAUCCCUUGUUAAACAGCACAUCCCUGAUGCCAAAUUAUCAGCAGAAAGUGAAGGAAAGCUUGUCUAUACACUACCCUUAGAAACAACCCAUAGUUUUCCAGAACUUUACACCGAUCUUGAUAGCAAUCCUGGCCUAGGAAUUGAGAAUUAUGGUGUUUCCAUGACAACUUUGAAUGAAGUGUUCCUGAAGCUAGAAGGAAAAUCAGCGCUCGAUGAAUCAGGUGUCAACAUUCUAGGAGAAGCACAAGGGGAAAGAGGUGGGGACACAGAAAGACUUGUUGAGAUGGAACAAAUUCUCUCCUCACUUAUGGAGAUGAGAAAGACAGUAGGGGGCGUGGCUCUCUGGGGUCGACAGAUCUGUGCAAUUGCAAAGGUUCCUUUGCUAAAGUUGAAGCACGAAAGAAAAGCUCUUCUAUCACUGUUGUUGAUUCUGGUGGUUGGAUUUUCCCCUCUUUUUUUGGAGUAUAUCUUGGUGAAAGUUCAUCAAAAUAGUUACACUUUGGAACUGUCUCCUCAUCUGUACUUCCUGGCUCCUGGACAACAGCCAUGGGACCCUCUCACUCGAUUAUUGAUCAUCAAUAACACAGGGGCGAGCAUUGAUGAGUUUGUCCAUGCCGUGGAGCGCCAGAGCAUAGCUGUGGAAGUAGAUGCAGCUGGAACUAGAAAUGGUAUAGAUGACUCUUCUUAUAAUGGAGCCAUUAUAGUAUUUCAUAAUGAAAAGAAAUACGACUUUUUAUUAGCAUGCAAUACCAAAAGACUGAAUUGCUUCCCAGUUCUCAUGGAUGUUGUUAGUAACGGGCUACUUGGAAUGGUUACACCAUCAGCACAUAUUCAAACUGAGUGGAGCACAUUUUUGAGGAGAAUAUGGGAUAAUCCAUUUGAAAUCCUGGGAUACACCUUAUUCUGGCUGGUUUUGGCAUCCAGCUGCCCUCCUUACAUUGCCAUGAGCAGCAUUGAUGAUUACAAGAACAGCGUGAGGUCGCUGCUGCGGAUUUCGGGCCUCUUUCCUUCCGCCUACUGGCUCGGGCAGGCGCUGGUGGACUGGCCGCUGUACUGCCUGUUUUUCCUUUUUAUGUAUUUAAUGGAUUACGUCUUGAACUCCCAAGAGACUGUAUUUACGCUUGUGAAUUAUUUCAUUCAAAUCCUGUGUGCUAUUGGGUAUGCCAUGUCCCUUAUCUUCUUGACAUAUGUGAUUUCAUUCACCUUUUGCAAGGGGAAAAAAAAUAGUGGUAUUUGGUCAUUUUGCUUCUAUGUUGUCACUGUAUCCUCUGUGCUUAUAUGUGUGUUGGAAAACUCUGAAAGUGUUCCACUAUUUUUCAUCACUUUUUUAGUACCACAAGCCACACUGAUUGGCUGUCUGUUCUUAUAUUUUCAUCUUUUCAUGUUUACUGUCUUCGAUGAUGAACAACAUACUGGAGAACUAUUUCUGGUCUUCCUAAUUCCCUUCCUUCAUGUUAUCAUUUUUCUUUUUAUUCUCCGAUGUCUGGAAUGGAAAUUUGAAAAGAAACCCAUGGGAAAGGAUCCCUUCUUUAGAAUUUCUCCAAAAAGUGGUGAUGUGUGUCAAAAUCCAGAAGAACCCCAAGAGGAGGAUGAAGAUGUUCAGAUGGAAAGACUGAGAACGGCUGAUGCCUUGAAUUCCACAGACUUUAAUGAGAAGCCAGUCAUUGUCGCCAGCUGUCUACGCAAGGAGUACGCGGGAAAGAAGAAGCAUUGCUUCUCUAAGAGGAAGAGCAAAGUAGCCACCAGGAAUGUCUCAUUCUGUGUCAGGAAAGGUGAAGUUUUAGGGUUGUUAGGACACAACGGAGCUGGUAAAAGUACAUCCAUUAAGGUGAUAACUGGAGACACGAAAUCAACUGCUGGACAGGUGCUACUCCAAGGGAGCAGUGGAGGGGAUGCCCCUGAGUUCCUGGGGUACUGUCCUCAGGAGAAUGUGCUGUGGCCCAACCUGACCGUGAGGGAGCACCUGGAGGUGUUUGCCACCGUGAAGGGGCUGAGCAGAGGUGAUGCUGAGCUCGCCAUUGCACGGUUGGUGGAUGCGUUCAAGCUGCAGGAUCAGCUGAAGGUUGCCGUGAAGACCUUGUCAGCCGGAAUAAAGAGAAAGCUGUGCUUCAUGCUGAGCAUCCUGGGGAGCCCGUCAGUGAUACUUCUGGAUGAGCCAUCCACCGGAAUGGACCCAGAGGGGCAGCAGCAGAUGUGGCAGGCAAUCCAGGCCAUCAUUAGGAACACAGAGAGGGGCGCCAUCUUGACCACCCAUUACAUGUCGGAGGCAGAGGCAGUGUGUGAUCGCGUGGCCAUCAUGGUGUCUGGAAGGCUGAGGUGUAUUGGCUCCAUCCAACACCUAAAAAGCAAAUUUGGCAAAGAUUACCUGUUGGAGAUGAAGGUGAAGACCCUCGCACAGGUGGAGGCCCUCCAUGCAGAAAUCCUGAGGCUUUUCCCCCAGGCUGCUCGGCAGGAAAGGUACUCUUCUUUGAUGGUUUAUAAGUUACCAGUGGAGGACGUGCAACCCUUAGCCCAGGCUUUCUUCAAAUUAGAGAAGCUCAAACAGAGCUUCCACCUGGAGGAGUACAGCCUCUCCCAGUCCACCCUGGAGCAGGUUUUCCUGGAGCUCUCCAAGGAGCAGGAGCUGGAUGUUUUUGAUGAUGAACUUGAUCCUUCAGUGAACUGGAAGCUUCUCCCACAGGAAGAACCUUAG